AGGAGGGCCGCCGCUGCUCAAGGAAGCGCCGCCACACUCAACAAGCCAAGAUGAUGGGGCGGACCUUUCGCGCGGUGCUCGCAUGCGCCCUCGCGGCCAGCCCUGCUCUCGGGUGCGUCUCGCGCGCCCUCGCCGGCCCGCCGGCCCCCGCAGGAGCCGCCACCCUCGCCGCCCCCACGCAGGAGCUACCCUCUUCUCACAACCUACCGCCCGGAGACCAAUGUGGAGGCCGAUGCCCGGAUCGACCUCGACAUGGAAGAGAUCCUCGCAGAACUGACGGCCGACGACCUCGCCGGCGCGAUGGCCAAGUACCAGGGCGGCACCAACGGAGUCCAGACGCUCGCGAGCCUGUCCAAGCCGGGUGCGACUUCCAUGGCGAGCGACAAGUGGUGGCCCGUCUACAAGGACUACUGGAACAACGGGUACGACUACGCCGACGCGUUCGUCGAGGGAGCGUACACGGGCUCGCUCCCGGACGCGAUGAGGAAGGAGCUCAUCAAGAAGGGCAUCGCCUACCAGGGCGUCUGGAUGUACGCGGCCCACUCGUUCGACGUGGGACGGAGCCAGUGCUCCACGAACGACUGGGACAAGGGUAUGGCCCACUACGUCGGGUCAAUGGAGGGCCAGACGUCUGUCCCGGCAGACGUCGCCAGCACGGGUAACCUCCUCUACAACCUCGCACAGAAGCGCUGCGCGGAUUUCGGGACGUGCGCGACUGGCGCGGACAGCAGCACCCUCGCCAACGUCAACGAUCGCAUUUUGAACGAGCACUCGACGUUGGGCCGCGACCUGACGAUCCACGGGGGGACCUACUGCGACGACGCGCGCCUCGCCGCCUCGUUCCACAGCAUCGUCAGCCAGAUGACCGUGCCGCUCGUCCAGGCGCGCCGUCGGUGUCGGAACUCCCUUCUCGCGCCUUCGGCGAGGCUAUAGACGCGAAAGCUGUCUGCUCGAUGGCGUGGGGGUCGUGCGAUCUCGUGGACGCGACCGCAACUCUCAUCAAUCAUAAAUGCACACACAGGGCCUGCUGAAGUACGCGUGGAAGGCAGACCCGGUGAACGGCGACUCGUGCGCCGGCCAGGCCGGAAAUGACGCCGCCACCGUCGCCACCAACGACGCUACCAACAGCAAGGACUGCGCGAAGUCCUGGGCCGAGGGCUGGGCCUUCUCCGCGGCCGUACUCCCGCAGAUUGCUCAGUGUGACGCGGCGGCCGCCACGACUAUCCGAGACAACCUCGACGUCGAGGCGGCGGAGCCGAUGAAGGACGGCGUCGCGGCGGUGAAGACCGCCGUCGAGAGCGUUUACGCGUGCCUCGGCAUCACCUGCGCCGACGUCGGUGAAUUCCAGGCCAGCGGCAUCGUCUACUCGGGCAUGGACGCGUGUGCGGACCCCCCGGCACCCGCGCCAACGCCGUCGCCGCAGACGCCGCGGCCUACGUUCUGCGAAUUCUCGAACUGUGCGGAUUCCAACAGCGCCGUUCCGAUGUCGGACGCGGCCGCGCGCCGCGCCGGCGAAGUCGCCGGCGCCGCGCUGGCCGGCGCCGCGCUUGCGUUUAUCGCGUAGCCCCCCUACUUCCAACCCCCCCUCGCGCGCGCGCCCCCCCCCCUUAGUGCCCGGGUGGCCGUGUAGCUGCUGGCCUUAGCGGAGGUAGUGGACAUAGCCUAGUAGGACCUGAGGACGCCCAGGGCUGGCGCAAACUUGUGCUGGCGACGCCCACGACGGGCCACGUCCCUCGACGGGGGAGUGGCGCCCCCAGGACAGGAAGCCGGGGGAUGUCUUCGGCAGGAAGCAUAUCGGCUCCGGCGCCACGCCAACGAGCUCACACAACUAGUAGUAGCCCUUUUGGACCGGCGUGAUAAAUGCGAGAGAACAGCGCCCUCGGGCUGGCACCCUAGUACC